AUGGUACUGCCAAAAUUAAAGGAUGAAACAGCAGUGAUGCCGUUUCUGCUGCGAAUUCAAACCAUUGCCGGACUGUGGGGUGACCGUUCCCAGCGGUACCGCUUUUAUCUCAUUUUUUCCUACUUCUGCGCGAUUGUGGUCCUACCUAAAGUGCUGUUCGGUUAUCCAGAUCUCGAGAUUGCGGUACGCGGCACGGCCGAGCUGAUGUUCGAAUCGAACGCAUUCUUCGGCAUGCUAAUGUUUUCCUUUCAACGCGACAACUACGAGCGAUUGGUGCAUCAGCUGCAGGAUCUGGCAGCUCUAGAACUGGGAGAGUACCUGAUCGCAGUGAACCGACGGGUCGAUCGGUUCUCCAAAAUUUACUGCUGCUGUCACUUUUCCAUGGCAACGUUCUUUUGGUUCAUGCCCGUCUGGACGACCUAUUCCGCCUACUUUGCUGUGCGCAACAGCACGGAACCGGUCGAGCACGUGCUGCACCUCGAGGAAGAGCUGUACUUCCUUCACAUCCGGACUUCGAUGGCGCACUACACGUUUUAUGUGGCCAUUAUGUGGCCCACGAUCUAUACGCUCGGGUUUACCGGUGGCACAAAGCUGCUGACCAUUUUCAGCAAUGUUAAAUACUGUUCGGCCAUGCUGAAGCUCGUUGCACUCCGAAUCCACUGUCUGGCGGGAGUAAGACAAGACCGAGCGGAGAAGGAGCUGAACGAGAUCAUUUCCAUGCAUCAGCGGGUACUCGACUGCGUGUUCCUGCUGGAGACGACAUUCCGCUGGGUGUUUUUCGUGCAGUUCAUUCAGUGUACAAUGAUCUGGUGCAGUCUCAUCCUCUACAUAGCGGUGACGGGGUUCAGCUCGACGGUGGCGAAUGUCUGUGUCCAGAUCAUAUUGGUGACGGUGGAAACAUAUGGCUACUGCUACUUCGGAACAGAUCUAACCACGGAGAGCUAUGGCGUUGCCCUCGCCAUUUACGAUAGCGAAUGGUACAAGUUUUCCAUUUCGAUGCGCCGCAAACUUCGCCUGCUACUGCAACGAUCCCAAAAACCGCUCGGCGUAACGGCGGGCAAGUUUCGCUUCGUCAAUGUGGCCCAGUUCGGCAAGUACUGA